AUUUCGUGAUGAGAAAUGACAUCCCUUCUGUUUAUGUCUUUGUGUUUUCAGUUAGUUAGGGUAAGUCCCAGAAGAUGGCUGAACCUGCAAGAGUACCAGAGCAAGAAGCUGAUGCAGGACAGCGGCGUGACCGUACAGCGCUUCUUUGUGGCUGACACUGCCUCUGAAGCCCUGGAGGCCGCCAAGAGACUCAAAGCAAAGGAGAUUGUCCUGAAAGCUCAGAUUUUAGCAGGAGGAAGAGGCAAAGGAGUGUUCGACAGCGGCCUGAAAGGAGGGGUGCAUUUAACAAAAGAUCCUGCUGUUGUUGGAGAGUUGGCCGGUAAGAUGCUCGGCUUCAAUCUGACCACCAAACAGACCCCUAAGGAAGGAGUGAAAGUAAAAACGGUGAUGGUUGCUGAAGCUCUGGAUAUCUCCAGGGAAACAUAUUUUGCCAUCCUGAUGGACCGUUCCUGUAAUGGACCCAUGAUGGUGGGCAGCCCUCAGGGUGGUGUGGACAUCGAGGAAGUGGCUUCCAGCACACCAGAGCUCAUCUUCAAGGAAGUCAUCGAUAUCUUCGAGGGGGUCCGAGACGACCAGGCGCUACGUAUGGCAGCUAAUUUGGGAUUUAAAGGACCGUUGGAAAGACAGGCUGCAGAUCAGAUUAAGCGACUCUAUGAUCUGUUCCUCAAAGUCGACGCCACUCAAGUCGAAGUCAAUCCACUCGGAGAAACACCCGAGGGACAAGUAGUGUGCUUUGAUGCUAAAAUCAACUUCGACGACAAUGCAGAGUUCAGACAGAAAGCUGUGUUUGCCAUGGACGAUACCGCAGAAAGCGACCCCUUGGAGACCGAAGCAGCCAAAUACGAUCUCAAGUACAUCGGACUGGAUGGAAACAUAGCCUGUUUUGUUAAUGGUGCUGGCCUUGCUAUGGCAACAUGUGACAUCAUCGACUUGCAUGGUGGAAAGCCUGCUAACUUCCUGGACCUGGGUGGAGGUGUAAAGGAGAACCAGGUGUACGUAGCCUUCAAGCUUCUCACUGCCGAUCCCAAGGUAGAGGCUAUCCUGGUAAACAUCUUCGGAGGAAUUGUUAACUGUGCCAUCAUUGCUAACGGCAUAACCAAGGCCUGCAGAGAACUGGAGCUCAAGGUUCCUCUGGUGGUCAGGCUCGAAGGAACCAAUGUUCAGGAGGCGAAGCGUAUUCUGUCUGAGAGUGGGCUGCCCAUCACCUCUGCCAGUGACCUUGAUGAUGCCGCCAAGAAAGCUGUUGCCGCCAUUGCCAAGAAAUAAAUGCAUUUAUUCACACACACCUUUCUUACACACCUCACCAACAGAGCUGUGGCCAGAAUCACAUGAUAUAAACAGAGCCUUACACACAUCACGCACACACACGCCUGAAAAGCUUCAUGCUGAAACACACAGUACCAGCCAGUUAGAGUCAUUGGGCAUCUUGUCCAGUUUUUCCAGGGACAAUAGUGUAUUUGAGAACCUCUUAUAUAUAUAUGAUUGAACUGUGAAAUAAAUCUCACCGUCCCAGUCUGAUUUAAGGUUUAUUUUGUUUAUAAGAAUGAUAAGACUUUUUUUAUGGGUAUAAAAUGUACAACUCUAGGUUAAGGAUUGUUUGUCUACAAUAUUUCUGGCUUAAUGAUAAUUUAUUGAACAGUAAAUUCAAUAUUGAAACAAUUCUGUAUUACAUGUUUAAAAAAGAAAUUGUGAAUCCCAAAUGCAUCAUGAUGUAUAUUCACUUGCAUUUUUUUUUUUUUUUAUAAACACAAAGUGGUGUAGUUUUUAUACUGUGCCUGUCAUGAAGAUGUUUUAAAAGCCAAAGGCCCACAAUAAAUAUAAUUAGCUUUUUGUAAUCUCAAAUGUAUUUUUAAAGUUAAUGUAUAUUUACAAAUGUUUUUUUUUUAUCUUAUUUUUGAUUGAGCUUCACAAUAAUUGUCUGUAAAUGAGAGUACCUCAAUAAAAAUGGGUUUUUAAACCACUAGUGA